UGUUUAGUUAAUAAUGUGGAGGUCUGAACUCUGAGCGCGUAUAUUUUGCAAUAGUCGUGUCCAGCGUAGUGGAGUGGACCUUCGAUUACUGCUGCAACCAUUGAAGAUUACGGUCGCAAAUAUAAUAUUGCGGUAAUAUUUUUAAAAAGUGUCGCAAUAAAAAUAUCCAUUUAUAUGUAUUGAGAACAAAACAAUUGUGUUGUGUCGGGACUAUAAAAAUAUCGGAACUCGUGAAAAUGGCUAUCCUCAAGUUACAAAUAUUCUCAUACGAAGUGUUUAUUGCACUAGUGUUACUUCUCCUAAUAGUAUAUUUAUGGUUUCAAUAUAAGUUUACGUACUGGUCAAGCAAAGGUGUCGUGGGACCGAAACCGAUAUUUCCAUUCGGGAAUAUAAAACAAGUGGUGCGAAGGAAGGAACAGUUCUUCCAACCGUUUUGUGAUAACUAUUACAGAUAUAAACAUUUACCCUACGUCGGAAUGUAUUGUUUUAACAAACCGGUGCUAAGCAUACACGAUCCCGAUUUGGCUAAGCAUAUACUUAUAAAGGAUUUUGAGCAUUUCCAAUCGCAUGGAAUAUUUUCUGGAGGGACAGGCGAUCCUUUGGCUGGACAUCUAUUCAAUUUGCAUUCACAAGCUUGGAAAAGCUUGCGAUUUAAAAUGUCACCUGCAUUUUCAACUUCUAAAUUGAAGUCUAUGUACCCAUUAGUAGAGAAAAUCGCUAAAGAAGCAUUCGAUUAUGCUUCAGAGUUACACGUGAAUAACAAAGCGAUCGAUUUUUCGGAGUUCUAUGAGAAAUAUGUGUUAGAAAUCGUUGGAAGUGUCGGAUUUGGAGUGGAGUGUAAUUGUCUCAAAAAUUCCCGUUCCGAAUUUUAUUUGCGUGGAAACGAAUACUUUAAUCCGACUUCUCUCUAUUGGACGAUAGUGCGAACUUUAGCGUUUGUGAUGCCCACAUUUUUCAACAAGCUGAAACUGAAGCGCAUCAACCCGGAAAUAAUACGCUUCUUCUAUAAUUUGGUCAAGGAAACGGUCGACUAUCGUUACAAAUAUUGUUACAAGCGCAACGACUUUUUGCAGGCUCUUAUAGACCUGAAGGAAAAUUCGGAGAAUAAAAAUGAAGAGAUAACUAAAGACUCGGAAAACUUUACUUUCACGUUCAACGAUAUAGCAGCCAAUACUAUGUUGUACAUGUUCGCCGGUUACGAGACUUCUGCAACCACAGGCCAAUUUGCAGCAUACGAGCUGGCCCGCAACCCUCAUAUUCAGGAACGUGCGAGGGAAGAGAUAAACAGGGUUCUUGCGAAAUAUGGCGGAGAUUGCACGUACGAGGCACAGAACGAAAUGGUCUACAUGAAUAUGGUACUCGAUGAAACAAUGAGAAUGCAUCCCCCAAUGCGAGCAUUAUUCCGAAGGUGUACAAAAGAUUACAAGUUGCCAAACAGCGACGUUGUCAUCGAGGAAGGCACGCAGAUUUUCGUGCCGGCGCACGCGAUUCAGAUGGAUCCAGAUAUUUUUCCAGAUCCAGAAAUGUUCGACCCAGAGAGAUUUACCCCAGAGAGAAAGAAAACUAUGCAUCCUUGCCAUUGGAUGCCGUUUGGAGAAGGCCCCAGGAAAUGCUUAGGUCUCCGGCAAGGGUACAUUCAAUCGAAACUGGCUCUAGUGAAGUUGUUGCAGAAGUUUGAGCUGUUACUCGACGAGCGGACGCAGGUCCCGACGAAGAUUAAGGCUUCAGCAUUAGCGUGUGCGGCUGAAGGUGGCGUGUGGAUACGGCUUAAAAAACUAACGGACUGUGUAUCAGACUAAACCAUUAUUUAGGUACCUAGUAAACACUUAGAAAGAACAUAAUUUAUCGACCAAUCUCCUAUAUGCCUCCCUCAAGCUACUCGACAUUGGCGAAGUGCAUUGUGCUGGGUUGGCACUACAAUAAG